AUGAAACUACAGACUAUCUUCCUACUUUCGUCGGCUGUCAGUUCAGCAUUGGCGACAGUAAUUCCCUCGCAGCUUUCUCUGGAACCAAAAACUAUUCACAUAUCGUCUACAGCGGGAGGCCUUAGUCAUAUUGCCUGGACAUUAGAGGUUGGGAAAGUACUCGCAGAACGUGGACACAAUGUCUCUUUUCUCACUACAGAGCCCUACAUCAAAUUCGGUGCUCCUUAUGAGCCCCAAAUCAAAACUAUAUCUAUGGGACCUCAUAUUUCCAAGAUUCAAUUCCGUGAUUUAUUCGAUACAGAAGAUGCAUUCUCGACCAAAGUUACAAAUUCGUAUAAGCAGGUGAUCCAAGACACAUACAAAAGGGAUUAUUUUGCUUACAAGAAUAUCUUCUCAUCGUCAAAUGCAUCCAUUGCGAUCUGUGAUCAACUUUCACUACCAUGCUUCGAUGCUGCCAAAGAACUCAAUAUUCCUAUGGUCAUCCACAUGACUAUGAGUCUAUCUAGGGAUGCUAGAGCUCCUUUUAUCACGUUUUAUCAUUUGACAGAUCAGCCUACUACAUUGCAUCAAUCUUUCGGGCAGAGGUUUUACGAGCGUUACAUCCUCCUGCCUAAAUUUAUUUACCGUUAUUUCCCUGUGGCCAUGGCGAUCAAAAAAGCGCGCCAGGAAAUCGAUGUUCAAGGUUUCGAUCCCUUGGCAAGAGAGAGCAACGUUAUAAAGAUGAUUAACAGUUUCUGGGGAAUGGAGAGUCCUCGGCCUGUAGGACCACUCGUUGAAUACGUUGGCCCUAUCAUCGGUACCUCUUACGACUCGUUGCCAUCUCAUCUUACGGAAUUCAUGCAACUACAUAAGCGAGUGGUGUAUAUCGCAUUUGGUCAAAUGUAUACACCCAGCCAUAAAGAAUUCAAGGUGCUUUUAACUAGCCUGCUGGAAGCCUAUGAACAUGGCUAUUUUGAUGGCUUUAUAUGGUCGCUCUCAAAAUCAUCGCGCCAAGGCCUACCAAAGCAAGUGGAGACGAGUUCUGGGAAAGCUUAUCUUGUGCAAGAAUUGUUCGAUAGCAGUUACACCGAUCUCCGUUUUGAGCCAUGGUCACCACAAUUCGCUAUCCUUGCUCAUGAUCAUUGUAAGUUGUUCAUCAGCCAUGGAGGUGCAAGUUCCAUUCACGAGUCUCUGUACAAUGGCGUUCCUUUGCUGCUCCAUCCUUUCACUAGCGAUCAACCUGCCAAUGCGCAUAACAUGGCAAAUGCGGGAGUUGCUUUAGUCUUGGACAGAAAGAUGCAUAAUGUCACUGACACCUUUGAAAAACUGAGCGCAAUUCUACUAGACACAGACAGUAAUUUUGCAUCUAAUAUGGAAGGCAUGCAAAAACUGGUGCAACUCAAGAGCAAGAGAAAGCAUUAUGCUGCUGACAUUGUGGAGGAGGUUCUGUACACGGUGCGUAAUCAGAGCGACAUUUGGCAUAGACGAGAAGCAAGAGAAGGCAUGUCCUGGAUCAAAGCAACAAACUGGGAUGUGGACCUGGUUGCCAUAGUAACCGUGUUAACAGUGGUCAUCUCAGUCUGCAGGUUUACUCUUCGAUUUCUGAGGAGAGCAUUGGUAUCACAAAAAUGGAAAAUCGAGUAA